GGCUUUUGGCACUUUGUUUGCGAUACCGUUGCUGUUUGUUUAGAAUAUCUUUAACGAGACGAAUUUUUUGAACGGCAAAAUGUCCGACAAAUGUAGAAGCUGGUGCAGGCGCCUUUGUUGCCAACCAGGGAAUCUGGAAGACCGAGACCAUACAACUUUUAAUGCUGGCGAGAUACCCAUUGGUAAUGCAGACCGAAAUCCAGGCUCCAGUCGGAAAGUGGGAAAUGGAGCGAAGGAGCUCACUGCUGCCGUGCCGAGUGCGGAAACCGAACCUUGUGCUGCGGCCACAGUGCACAAAGAGAGCGAUAAAGCUGAAGAUCAACUGCUGGACGGGCUUCACAUUCAGCACCUUACCGCAAACAAAUUCGUGCAAGUAGAGGAAAUGGAGCCGUACAAUCUGAGCUCUGGUCAACAUAAUCAAUCGGAUAUUUUAACUUGGAAUACCGGCAGCUGCCUUGACGAUUCGUCGUCCCCGCGAGCCGGUCUAGUGGGGCUGGGUGAUUUGGGCAGCACUUCUUCCAUCAACUCGGUGCUGCAGUGCAUCAGUAACAUCCAUGAACUGACAAAGUAUUUUGUCAAUAAAGAUUAUGAGAAAGAUUUGAACAUAGAAAAUCCGUUUGGAAGGGGUGGAAAAAUAGCCAAAGCAUACGCUGACCUGGUCACUCAGAUUUGGAUGCCUAAAGGUCAUGUGAUUUACCCUACUGAGUUCAAGAGCAUUAUGGCGCGCUACACGCAUUUAAUUAUCCAAGGUCUAGAGGAUUCUCACGAAAGCUUGCACAUAAUUAUUGACUUCUUACACGAAGACCUUAAUCGCAUAAGUCGACGGAGUGGACCGUACACGAUGAGCGAGCUAAUAAGGAAUAAAGAGUAUGUCGAUAAAAGUGAUGCGGACAAAGCCCGUGAGUCGUGGGAGUGGUACACUGCUAGGAACAAUUCCGUGAUUGUGGAUUUAUUUUGUGGUCAAGUUCGUAACGUGAUCAGGUGCCCUGAUUGUAAGAAGGCGUUCACCAAUUUUGAUCCCCUGAUGAUUUACUCGCUGCCGUUGCCUGUUAACCAAAAGAAGGAGCUGAUAGACACUUUCAUGCCGCCCCAUGCUGAUUUGUUUGUGGAUUUGCACGAAGACACUCUGGAAAAAGUGCACAUGGAAGCUGCCCAACCGGUCAUGGACGUGGACAAGAGCGUACCAUGCGGGCGCGAAGCGGAGUCUAUUGACUUGAAGGACUGUUUUAAGCUCUACUUACAACCGAAGGAGCUGCACGAAGUAGAUAUAUGGACGUGUCCAGUUUGCAAAGAGGAGAAGCGUGCGGUGACUAAACUGGAUUUAUACAAGAUGCCGCAGUAUUUGUUCGUGCAUUUGAGACGAUUUCAGUAUACUUCUACUGCAUGCAACCUUUCUUCCCGCAAGAAGCUGGAUGCGAAAGUGAAAAUCCCUUUAACUGGAUUUGAUUUAAGUGAUUUGGUCAUUAAUCCCGGUGAACGUCCUGUAAUAUACGAUUUGGUGGGUCAAUCGUGCCACUCGGAAAAGCUGGACGGUUCGGGCGGGCAUUACUGGGCUGUAUGCCGGAACGAGCAGGACCAGAAAUGGUACAACUUUAAUGAUUCCAUGGUUCGACCAGCUGAUAACAAUGAUAUGGAGUUAUGGGAACAAUACAUCGACAAUGUCGAAUGCCCAUUGGCUCUGCGGUAUUGCGCCGGAUUGCUGCUGUACGUACUGGUGUUUGCAUCGCACCGAUUGGUGGAAUGCCCGGACACUGUGUGGUUUGCGGCGGAAGAGCAGUAUCUGCCUAUUUGGAAGAUUGUGUACCAGUUAUUAACAAGUGAAAAAACUGCACUGACCCCGUCGCUGUGUGCUGCGUUAUUGGGAGUGUAUGCGGAAGUGACCAUCAAUGGACUGGACACGUCUCGUGAGGAGUGCACGUUUGAGGAAGCUGGCCACGUGAUUGAUUAUUGCAUAAACCGCAUCGAGGCAUUCGUUGCCGGCAUAUCAUCCGACGGAGAAAACCAACGAGAAGAUUCAUCAUCAUCUGCAGUUCCAACAUUUCAACUUGUUCCAGUGGUCAGCGAAGAACUCGAAAUCCAUUUACUAUGCCGGUUUCUGAGCUGCCUGGAGUCGUCACCACAACGCAACGAUGCCUUCAAGAAAAGCAUGGAGGAACGGCAGACGGUUAUUCUCCAACUUGCACUGAAAUUUCUACGUAUCCAGACAUUUGUCUCCGCAUUUGUCAUGUCCAGCGUUGUGCGACUGUUAGCCAAUAUGUGCGCUUUUUCCACUUUCUGUAAACAAAUGACUUCGGAUCCUUCCACCAUCGCAUAUCUCCUUUCGAUGGAAAAGGGAGGUGUUGUGGAUACGCACAUUCAGCAAUGCACGGCGACAUUAUUGGAACCACGGUUCUGGAGUCCGGGUGAUCCUGUGGGAGCACUGGCCACUCUCACGCAAACCAUAAUCUCACUAAAAUCUUUUGCCGGUUUGACUUUCACACCACCGGUGAUCAAGCACUUACGUAAUAGUGACGCCUUCGUCUACCUUUCCGCGUACAUUGCGGAGGGUCGUUUCUUUGAUCCACGACGUACUGCCGGGAAGGAGUUGGCCGUGGCGGCCAGUUUGGAUGCCAUACGGGAAGCGCGCAGCCUGGCUUGUGAGAUUUGCCGGUAUAUGACGGUGUCGCCGGUCGUCCAGCACAUCCUGUCCCGCUGGCCGUUUUUCCAAUCCAGAAAAACUUGGGAACGUAAUAUGAUCGAUGAUAAACUGGACCACGAAGCACGAUUACUGCACGAUGUUCUCCAUCCGUCGGGCGUUCCUGGCAUCACCGCCCCGGAGAAGCCGACGAUCCUCGUCAGCACAGACCAAUCAAGUCUGGCACUAGAUCUCAUGUUGCGCCCGUGUUUCCCGGAAUACCAGUCACAAUUUCAUAUGCGAGGCCGAGCGUAUAAGUUCAGCCGGCUAAAAACAACGGGUGACAUUGAACUGCCGGUGCGGGCGGGAACCUGCGUGGCUUCAGUGUUCGUCGGAUCCAAGCAUGACAAAGCAGUGCUGCGCACGGAUACCGGGCAUCUAAUUGGCGUGGACUUGGAUUCACUUGAAAUAACGUUCAUGUCAUUUGAAGACUGGUAUUACAAACAGCUGACCGAUAUGACCAGUCUUCCGUCGGACAGCAAUAAAUUUAUUCUGACAUCCAAAACCUUGGUGUCCCAAGCCAGUCCGCGAAAAAGCCAUUUGUGGGCAUUCAACGGUGUGGAUCGCUGUCGGCGUGUGGCGGAAUACGACAACUGCCAGUUUUUGCGGCCAUCGCUGAUUAACGACCGAUUGGCCGUUGGUCACUCUCCGUUAUGGCGCAAACGACAUGGAUACUACUUUACUUUUGAUCUGGAGACGCAGAAACGCGUGACCUUACUGGGUCCCCUAAAGGACGAGGAACGGCAUCCGAAUUUCCCGUCCUUUCACUGUGCGGAAGAUAUCGUGAUCAGCAUGGGAACGAUCUGGGACACACGCUCGGGACAACUCGUGCACCGCUUCGAUCACUUCGGAGGGUGGGGAAAUAAUGUGGAGAACGUGUUUCAUCCCAACGGCGUUCACGUACUGAUGGAUGCCGAUGUGUGGGAUCUACGCAAUUACUGCCUUAUCCGACAAGUGGAGACACUGGUCAACUGUCGCAUGUCUUUCAAUGCAACCGGUGAUAUUAUUUAUGGGAAGCACAAGAAUAGACAAGGUCGAUAUGACGAAUUGGCGAUUCUGGAUGCGCACCGGUAUAGUGAAAUAGAAUACGUGCCUUUUCCGGGUUACAUUAGCAAUGCGUCUCUGGACCAGUAUGAUCGUCGACUGAUUGUGUCGUAUACUGCCGGAUUUCCUGUUGUACUGGAAGUCGGUGGAAACUCGUCCUACGAUGCUUGAUCUGAAGUUUUAAACUGAAACUUGGUUGUACAAUAAUUUCCUGUUAAAUUAUUACACUUUUUUUAUAUAUCGGUGAUACAGAGUUCGCAGUUAUGAAGAUGAAACGAAACUUUUGCUGUGUUG